UAGAAAUGGCAGAAGAGUUAAAUAAUGACAGCUCGGAGUCCGACACCUUUGAAGUGAUUGAUACAAAUGGUCCAGUACAGAUAAUCAGAGAUAAUGGAGAUCACACCUUUACGCUCUGUGAGAAUGAUCUGGCUACAAUACUCAUGGCAAAGAAUCUCAAGGAUACACCUGUUGUGGUGGUAUCCGUCGCAGGAGCGUUCAGGAAAGGUAAAUCCUUCCUGCUAGACUUCAUCUUACGUUACCUGACCUGUGAGGGCCGUUCAGGGUGGAUGGGGGAUCCUGAAGAGGACCUCACUGGGUUCAAGUGGAGGGGCGGCACGAACAGGGAAACAAGUGGUAUCUGGAUUUGGGGACAGCCUUUCAUCAGAACUAACCCUAGUACUGGAGAGAAGGUAGCUAUAUUGCUGAUGGAUACACAGGGCACAUUCGAUAACCAGGCAAUAGUGAGGGAUAGCGCCACGAUAUUUGCUCUAUCGACCAUGUUGAGUAGCAUACAGAUCUUCAACAUUUCCCAGCAAAUAAGCGAAGAUGAUUUGCAGCACCUUCACCUCUUUACUGAUUACGGUAGAUUGGCCAUGCAGGACGAUAGUGACGACUCAAAAUGCAAGCCAUUCCAAAGGUUAGAAUUUCUGAUCAGAGAUUGGGCAUUUGAAUACGAGUUUGAACUGGGAGCUUCUGGUGGAAAGAACUACUUGAACAAAAUACUUGCUGUAUCAGAAAACCAGCACGAAGAGCUAAUGGAGGUACGUCACCACAUAACCAACUGUUUUGCAGAUGUGGGGUGUUUCCUGCUCCCAUACCCCGGCCGAACUGUCGCUUCUAAACCUCAGUUUACUGGCAGAUUAGCAGAUAUGGAGGGUGAUUUUGCGAGUGGCAUAGAGAAGCUUAUACCUUACUACUUACACGAGGAAACGUUGCAGUCCAAGAAGAUUCAUGGUCAGACAUUGAAGGGCAAAGAUUUACUUCAUUAUUUCAAGAGCUACGUUGAGAUCUACCAACAAGACACCCUGCCAGAGCCAAUGACAAUGCUAAGAGCCACAGCUGAAGCAAACAACCUCUCAGCGCUUGCUUCUGCUCAGGAGAAAUACACUGAGAAUAUGGAAAAGAAAGUUGGUGGUGAUCAUGGGUACCUAAACGACACUGAUAUGCUCACCCAACACGCAGAAUCUAUCGACCUGGCUGAGAAAGAGUUCAACAGCACCAGGAAAAUGGGUGGCGCCGAGCUCAGUAAGACAUUCCUGGAGAAGCUAGAGAAGUAUAUGGAGGACCAGUUCCAGCAGUACACUAAGAUAAACGAGAGUAAAAACAUAUUCAAGUCUGCCCGGACACCUAUAACCCUCUUUAUCGUGUUGGCUGUUGCUUACGUUGCUCAUGGAAUCCUGAAGGCAGUGUACCUGGGUCCACUAGCGAUGGUGUGUAACGCAGUGUUCUGGGGAGCCAUGUCCACGCUAGGUGUCUGGAUAACCCUCAAGUGGAGAGCUGAACAUCAGGAAGUAGCGGAGCGUAUAGAUCACGUGGCCGAGAUGAUCUGGGAACAGGGUCUGACGCCAUUCUACGGGUUAGUGGUAGCUGCCGGAACAACAGCAGCAAUAAAGCAUGCUCAAGCAGCACAACAAAGGAGCAAAUCUAAAAAAUCUUAGGACCAUGGGGGGCUGAUGUUUGAUUUAAUUAGUCGUUUUAGGAUUUUUUUUGCUAUCAGGAUUUGGGUGCCUAGAUGUUGAGUUUGAUUUUGAAUAUUCCAUUUCAUUUUUCUUUCCUGGAUUGCCCGCGCUAAUUAACAAAUUUAACUUUUUGUAAAAUUUUAGCCGGCACUUGAGUUCACUUCGAAAAUAUCCGGUUUUGAGGGUCAAACUUUACUCUGGUACCGAUGUAAAGGGAUGCUAUGUUAGUAAGAGUGAUUUGUGAAUUGUGAUAUAACAAUAAAUGUAACAAUUUGAGGCUUGCUUUGUGUGAGUUUAUAUAAAUCCUAGCUAAUCUAAUUAAGACGCUAAUUGAUGCCUAAUUGGUGCUCUUAAAUUGAUUAUCUAGGCCUUUUGAUUACUAAAUUUACCUCAGAUAGAUUUCUUAGAUCUGCUGGGUCAGAAACCUUUACAGUAAAUUUUUAUCGCAUUUCCCCCCAGCCCGGGCUUGGCUGCUCCCCUUUUACCAUCUUUUCUAAAACUAAUUAUAUAAUUAUACAAUUAUAUCUAUUAAUAGAUUGUAAUUACAAAUACCUUUGUUAGUUCUAUGUUGUAAGAGAAAAGCAUAAGAUUUGCUCCUGGUACUAGAAUUAAUUUCAAUUCUG